AUGGACAACCUGCGCGAGACCUUCCUCGGCCUGGGAGACGGCUUGGGCUCCUCCGACAGCCCUGGCCUGCUGUCCUCUUGGGACUGGAGAAACGGAGCAGGGCCCUUCGAGCUGAACCAGGCCUCCCCGGCGCAGAGCCUGUCCCCAGCUCCCUCGCUGGAGUCGUACACCUCCUCCCCCUGUCCGGCUGUGGCUGGGCUGCCCUGUGGGCACGGCGCUGCCAUCCACGGGGGCAGCGAUGGCCGCAGCGGCCACGGCAGCGGCGGCCUGGUAGAGGUGGAUUACAACGUGUUAGCUUUCCAGCCUGCCUACCUGCAGGGCACCGGUGGCCCCAAGACCCAGAAGGGCACCAAAGUAAGGAUGUCUGUCCAACGGAGACGGAAGGCCAGCGAGAGGGAGAAGCUCCGGAUGAGGACCUUGGCAGAUGCCCUGCACACCCUCCGGAAUUACCUGCCACCUGUGUACAGCCAGAGGGGCCAGCCGCUCACCAAGAUCCAGACGCUGAAGUACACCAUCAAGUACAUCGGCGAGCUCACCGACCUCCUCAACGGCGGGCGGGAGCCCCGGGCCCAGAGCGCCUGA